UUCAUUCGUCGUCUUUGUCGCGUUCGCCUGCAGCGAGAUUCCGUGCAAAGUUUGAUUUUGUGUGUUUUCAGAAGUUCAACGAGUUUCUGAGUUUUCGAAGUGCGUGCACACAUUUAGAUUAUUAAAACACCUUGCCAAAUAUACAUAUAUUUUUUUCGAGUGCUUGGAGCGCCACUCGUACAGCUGUUGGUAUCGUAAAGUUUGAUUGACAGUUACCAGUAUAUCAGCUGCAGCGUGCAUCAGUCAAUACAAAAGCCGAAGCCCCGCUCUGGCCAGGACAACAGCAAUAAGUGCGCAACACCAAUGCGUCCCAUCAACACAGCUCAGCAUGGAGCAGUGUAACUAGAGCGCGCACAUCCAACAGUCGGCCAACCAGGUGGACAGCGAAUAGCGGAAGCAAUACCUUCAAAGUCUAAAGCCGUCGCAACCAAGGCCGUCAAAUUGGAAGGAAAACGCCUUUUCACGGCAGUUAACAAGUUUUUAACUGGUUCAACAAUUGCCCGCGAGCUGAGGCAGCUAAUGACGAAGAACGCGCCGCUCAGUGGCGAUGAACCCGACGAGGAGCAGACGGCGGCGGGCACAGACAAUGAGCAGGAGCAGGAACAGCAGCCAGUAGAUGGCCAGAGGCAGGCUCAGCAGGCACAGCAUACAAAUGAGCUGCAGGGGCAUCAAUCGACGGCGAAGCCACUUCAGAGGCGUCAAAGGCAACGCAAGAAAUUGAUAGCCCAGCAGCAGAAACAGCAACAACAACAGCAACAGAAGGCCGCCCUCUCGGAUGCGGACACGGACUCCAGCUCGUGCGAGGCGGCGGGCACGACCAGCACACGAGUCAGCUAUGCGCAGCGGAACCUUAGCGACCAGGUGGUCUACGAGCAGUACAACGACGAUGACGACUACGACGAGGAGGACGAGGAGGAGGACGAGGAUGGAGAGGAUUACGAUAACUACGAACAGCUGGCCACGCAGCGUGCGCCAUUGAAGACAGCGCUACGAGUGCGAGCCCAUGCGCCCGCCGGCACAGCUGGCGGGGAUCAGGGCAGCGAGACGGGUUCGGUGCGGGCCAAGCGCAAAACGAAAACACGUCAAUUCUCGCAGCGCACCAGCUCCUAUGCGGUGGACGCCGGCCAUGGUGAGGCGGAUGCGGAAGCGCUGGACAAGCGUCGUUGCAUCUCCAAGGGACAAAUGCGAGAGUUCCGUGAGGCGUUCCGCCUGUUCGACAAGGAUGGCGACGGCUGCAUCACCAAAGAGGAGCUGGGCACAGUGAUGCGCUCCUUGGGACAGUUCGCGCGUGUCGAGGAGCUGCAAGAGAUGCUGCAGGAAAUUGAUGUGGAUGGCGAUGGCAAUGUGAGCUUCGAGGAGUUCGUCGACAUUCUGUCGAACAUGACAUACGAGGACAAGUCGGGCCUGUCCUCAGCCGACCAAGAGGAGCGCGAGCUGCGCGACGCCUUUCGUGUCUUUGACAAGCACAAUCGUGGCUAUAUAACCGCCUCCGAUUUGCGUGCCGUGCUGCAGUGCCUAGGCGAGGAUCUCGACGAGGAAGAUAUUGAGGACAUGAUCAAGGAGGUGGAUGUCGAUGGUGAUGGACGCAUCGAUUUCUAUGAGUUUGUCCACGCCCUCGGUGAGCCGGAGGACUCGCAGGAGAAUGACGAUGAGGAGGAGACAUCGCCAUUGCCCACGCCCAAAUCCACGGUGUCCUUGAGCUACGAGUGAGCGUUGCGAUCGCGCUCAAGAUUUUUGCUCCAACUCUAUGCAACGAUAUAUGGAAUAUAUCAAAACGCCAUUUGCUCCGAACGCACAGCUAAACAAAUUU